AUGAAGCUUCCAAGUGCCGCUCGUUACAUCUGGGCAGUGUUGCUCUUCAUCUUCACGGUGUGGAUUCUACUGCUGUCGUUCCCGAAGAAACAGCAUCAACUCUCGAUUACUCAUGAGUUCGGCAUCGGCUUUGACUUAAGCCCCUCAUAUGCGACUGUUGCUGUUUCCUAUCCGAACGGCUCCAUUCAGUCGAUCGCUAGGGUCGAAGGCAAUCAAUCGUACCGGGAGAUGAUGCUUCGACUAUCUCUCCUUUCGUCACAACACUUGCACCAACCUUAUUCAAACGUCGGAGAAGCGAUCCGCGACAGUGCCCGCCGGACGGUGCGGAACACCCGAAAAAAACUGGGCCUUCCUUCCUCCAGAGACGUAGGUAUACUCAGCAACAUGAUCAAUGACUUGCGAGACCAAGCGUCGAUUUCUGUUGGCGAACCUAUUUCAGCCGCAGCCAUUUCCAUCCCACAUCUCGUCGCUUUGUAUGGGGAAGACCUUCACGAUGCCUUUGAGUAUCUGUCGCUAGUCUACUUGGAGUUCUUCCCCUUCUCUAACUUCCGGCCCAUCCACGCAAGUAUCGCAGCGUAUGCGGGUAAUGGCUUAGGACUUUGCGAAGAUUACAGAGCCAUUGCAGCGUGUGAAGAGGAGGAGUUGCAUAUCCCGCCUCAGUUUGCACUCUCGGUUUCAUACACGCAUACAAGUUUGACUACGAGCCAAGCGCAUAUUUCGAAUGCAUACUAUCUCGAAGAAACCCCUACGUUAAGAAACUUGCGCCUCGGGUAUGAGUCAAGACAUGAAGAGUCUUAUUGGGAAGCAGUGCGAGAUGCACUUCAGUAUCCUGUUGUAAAUAGCCCAGUCCGAAGGAAUAUCUCCAUGGUCCUGUUAUUUGGGGAUACGACUGAGAGGCCAAGGUUCAGGGAAGUUCUGGAGCAAGUGAUAGAUGCUGUUCUGGGUGGCGACCUGGAUAUUAUUGGCCAACAGCCCGAGUUUAGUGCAGCGAUCGGAACCGCAGAGCUGGCUAAGAGGGAAAUUUUCAGGCAGUUGAAGGAGUCAAACACUGCGACUGAGUUGUAG